AUGGCAGAUGCGCGAGCGUCGACGGAGACACUAAACUCAGAAGACACUCCAACAGACACAACACGGAACAUGUCACGACAGAACUCACGCACCAAGAAAACUAAGAAGCGGAAGAAGAAAAGGACUAAUAACAAGGAGAAGGACAAUGACCAUAACAAUAACAAGGACAAUGACAAUGACAACAAUAAUAACAAUAACACGGACAAUGACAACAACAAGGACAUUGACAAGGACAAUAACAAUGACAAUAACGAGGAGAAGGACAGGGACAGGGCAAGGCCAGCGGAAGGCUCUGAGGGCGAUGCAACGGGUUUGGUGUUUCCAGACACACAGUCAACAACGGACAAUGAAACAUCUCCGGACAAGUCAUGUCACAACACACCACCAGCACACACCCCCAACACAACACACGACAAAAACAUGGACAACCCCAACACAGCACACGACAUGGACAACGAAACACCUCUGGUGAAUGGGAAACACCCUCACGAGAACAGUGGGGAUGGGCAAUCCCACCAAUCGGAAACAAAUGGUGGAUCAGCAAUUGAUGACAUCGCAGAUGGAGUGAAGGGUGUCUCCCUAGACAGGUACUGUUAUUAG